AUGUCUUACUACCUCAACUCAGAAAACCACCUGGACCCAGGGCCCAUCUAUGUGCGAGAGAAUGGGCAGCUGCACAUGGUCAAUCUGGCGUUGGACGGCGUCAGGAGCAGCCUGCAGAAGCCAAGGCCUUUCAGACUGUUCCCCAAAGGCUUUUCUGUGGAGCUGUGCAUGAACAGAGAAGAUGAUACUGCACAGAAAGAGAAGACUGACCAUUUCAUCUUCACAUACACUCGAGAGGGGAACCUUCGGUACUCUGCCAAGUCCCUCUUCAGCCUGGUCCUGGGCUUCAUCUCCGACAAUGUCGAUCACAUUGAUUCCCUUAUUGGCUUUCCUGAGCAGAUUGCUGAAAAGUUGUUCUCUGCUGCUGAAGCCAGACAGAAAUUCACAGAGCCGGGUGCAGGGCUGAGAGCUUUACAGAAAUUCACAGAGGCUUAUGGAAGUCUGGUGCUUUGCUCCCUGUGUUUGCGAAACAGAUAUCUGGUGAUUUCAGAAAAACUUGAAGAGAUUAAGUCUUUCCGGGAGUUGACCUGCCUGGAUCUUUCCUGUUGCAAGCUUGGAGAUGAACAUGAACUCCUAGAACAUCUCACCAAUGAGGCCCUAUCUAGUGUAACUCAACUCCACUUGAAGGAUAAUUGUUUAUCUGAUGCCGGGGUACGGAAAAUGACAGCACCAGUUCGAGUGAUGAAAAGAGGCCUUGAAAAUCUAACAUUAUUAGACUUAUCUUGUAACCCUGAGAUCACAGAUGCAGGAAUUGGAUAUCUCUUUUCUUUUAGAAAACUAAAUUGUUUAGAUAUCUCUGGGACAGGGCUCAAGGACGUCAAAGCUGUCAAACACAAGCUCCAGACCCACAUAGGCCUUGUCCACUCCAAAGUGCCUCUGAAGGAAUUUGAUCAUAGUAACUGCAAGACCGAGGGCUGGGCUGACCAGAUUGUUCUGCAGUGGGACCGUGUGACUUCGGAAGCUGUGAAGCCCCGAGAUGCUUUGGAACCUCGAAAGGCAGCUCAGCACUUCUAUGGGAAGCGGGCUCGAACAGAAACCCCCGUGAAGUGUCCCCUGGCAGACAUCCACAUGGACUCUUCUGAGAAACUCCAGUUCUAUAGAGAGGAAGCCCCAGACUGCCAUGGGCCAUUGUUGAAACUUGAAGCUGUCUCAAGCCAGGAGUCAAAGAAGAGCAAGAAGAGAGGUUUUGAGGAGCCAGAAAAGGAGCAGAGUAACUCUUCACAGUCUUCAAAGCAGAAAUACGUGUGUCUUGCUGUGGAAGACUGGGACUUGUUAAAUUCCUAUUGA